AUACUGAAGCACAGCACACCACUGCACUGCUGCCUACAGAUAUGGGUUGUUAUGAAUGCUGUAUGCGCUGUCUGGGAGGAGUACCCUAUGUCUCGCUGGCGGCCACUCUACUGUGUUUUUCUGGCAUUGCUCUUUUCUGUGGAUGUGGGCAUCAGGCCCUUACAGAGAGCGAAAGACUCAUUGAAACAUACUUUGCCCGUGACAAUCAAGACUACUACACCCUAGUGUACCUUAUUGAGUAUUUCCAGUACAUUAUCUACGGCCUGGCCUCCUUCUUUUUCUUAUACUGUAUAGUCCUGCUGGCUGAAGGCUUUUACACCACAAGUGCAGUUCGGCAAUCACUCGGAGAAUUUCGAAGUACAGUUUGUGGUCGCUGUCUCAGUACAACGUUCAUUGUGAUCACAUACUUCCUGGUUGUAGUCUGGUUGCUGGUGUUCUCCCUCUCUGCAUUUCCUGUAUAUUUUUUCUACAACAUGGCCAAAACCUGUCAAACUAUCAAUUUCCUUUCUGAAACGCCCUCCAGCAUCAACCAGCUGUGCAUUGAUGCCAGACAGUACGGUUUACUUCCAUGGACUGCAAUUCCCGGAAAAGCUUGUGGAAUGACCCUGUCAAAUGUGUGCAAGACAAGAGAGUUUUCUCUGACCUACAAUCUCUACAUCGCUGCCUUCGCUGGAGCAGGAAUGACGGUCUUGGCUCUGCUCACAUAUACUGUGUCCACCACCUAUAACUUUGCAGUUCUACGGUAUUUGGGGAGGAAAGGGAUCAGUCCACGGUGUUAACAUCUGUUCUGUCCUGGUGUCCAGUGUCCUGCUACCGUCAAUAACAGCACCACCUUCAAGCACUUUAGAAUUUCACAUCUUUGUCACCACAAAACGACACAAUUUCUUGGCUUUCUUUGGGAAUUUAUUUGAUUAUUUUGUUUUAUAUUUCUUUGGAUGUAAAGAUUUAUUUUUUAUAUCUUUGCUCCAAACAAACUUUCUUUCAGAUUUUUUCAUCUAUUACCAACAGGGCAAAUGCUCUGCCUUCAGCUUAUCUGGGAUGUUAUGCUGAUGUAACAAGGACACUUUUAUGUGUAUUUUAUCAUUCUUGUUCUGUCACAAGAAUGAUAGUCACCUCAUAAACCAGCUGAGUGUGUUUACUUCUUCAGGAAUGCAUCACUAAACCAUACAUUAAAAAGUUAUGAGGAAAACAUAAUUAUGACCCAUUACAAGCUUCUGCUGAAGAUAUUAAGGUGGGGUUUACCUGUGCCAACAUGACUUGCAGCUAUUAAUCUUUGAUACAGUAUGUGCUCUAUAUUAGGUCAAGGAUGCUUUUUUAGAGCUGAUACCGUAGUACAGUUUAAUUUGUUACUUUCUGUCAAAUAUUUGUGUGUAUAACUAUUUUAAGUCCAUUUGAGACAGUGUUUUGGUCUAUCCAUAAUUUAAAAUACUUGAUUAACUCUGGGGAAAAAAGGAUAAAAUGGGUACCAUAAUAUUAUAGAAUUUUGAGACACUCAUGAAAAAACUAUCAUGGUAGAGAGGGUUGGUUUCCAUGGUGACCAUCCCUCACAUCUGGUUGCCAUGGAGAGAGACACAGCAAUCUGUGCUGUUUUCUUGUGACCCCGGCACUUUUUUCUCACAGUCUCUUGAAAGCAAUGAGGAAAAAAAGUAAACAAUGGAUCAGCCCUUCUUUGUUAGAGAAAAGUCCCGGCACAAUCCCAUGCCAGGGGUCAGUUUACGCGUCAGAAGAUAUCGCGCUGUGACAAGGAGCCUCUUUGGACUUUUCAGCUGCUUGAAAAUGCCCUUCUGUGACCUGUGGCCUGUAGAUGGGGCUAAUAGUGUUUGCUGCAUGGGGUGUCAUGGCUAAUAGUGUUCCAUGGCAGGGAUAUUUGUCUCAAACAGUAGAAAACAAAAAUAAAAAAGCAGCCUUAUUAGCCAUACCUUAAUUCUAUUUGAUUUCUGUAGAAUUUUUCUUUUAAACAAACUUACUAACGCAGGAAGUUUGAGUUAUAUGGUUAUUUCUGUCACAGAUUUAAAAUUAAUCAGACAAUUCAAAAUUGUAUAAUUUUUUUAUCUUUUAUUAAUUGUUUUUGCAAGCCAAGGGUUUCGGGAUAUAAACUCAUAAAACUGACAUUUCCAGUUCUGGGUUUUAUCUCACUGAGUUAUUAAUCGGUUUCUCUCAGCUGGUACAAACUUACAAUUGCAAGAGGAAAAAGUUAACUUGCAAAAAACUGUGUUUAUUUAUUCUAAUUCACGGCAGAAAUAAGCUUCUAUCAUUUUAUUUGGUUACACUUUAUUUUAAGGUGUCCCUGUUACAGUGUAGGCGUGGGCCGGUGUAAGAUUCUGAUGGUAUGAUAACCUUGGAUAAAAAUAUUACGGUAUCACGGUGUUGUGAGUACUGCUCUUAAAUGUGUUCUUUUUAAAUAUCUGGAUAAAAAAACUAAACUUUUUCCCCUUGAACACAAUAUGUUUUAUUUUAAGAAACAUUGAAAAUAUUUCGGAACGGUAAAAUAAUUAAAAUGUAUUUUUGACUUCUGCUUUGUUCAAAAACACAGAUUUUUUUUUACAGAUUAAAACAGCAUCUUUGGAUAUCUUUUCUGCUGGAGAUACUGUUGUACUAAAAAUAAAAAUUUUUUUUUUAAAUCUUUCACAUACCAUAAGAAUGGUACACUCUCAGAAAUAAGGUACGUGAGCCGUCACUGGAAUGGUAUCUUUUCAAAGAGUACAAAUUUGUACCAAAUUUGUGUCCUUAUUAAUACCUCAAGGGUACAUAUUAUUACUUAAAAAGUACAAAAGUGUUCCUCUUAAAAUUUUUAGGUAGUAAUAUAUAUUUUUGAGGUACCAAUAUGAACCCUUUAAGUACAAAUGUGUACCUUUUAAGAAGGUACCACUCCAGUGACAGCUCGCGUACCUUUAUUUCUGAGUGUAUUGCAGAAAAUGUAAAAAUUUUUAAAAUCUUGACUUUUCCAAACUAUGAUUAUACCUUGAAAACAGUUAUUGUCCUAUGCCUAUUACAGUGUAAAUGUAAUCACUGUAAUUAAAAAAAUGAAAAUUAUUAACUACAUAACUAGAAUGCUGACUAGGCUUAGUUGCAUGUAAUUAUGCAUAAUUACGUGUGUAACAAGGACACCUUAAAAUAUAUUUUGUUUAAUAAUAGAUUUUUAAAUAGUUUUUUGAGUAAUAAUUGCUUUUUAGUUUGAUGCUUUGAAUUCUUGAACACGGUGUUUGAUGAAAGAAAUAUUUUAGUGUAGAUAUAAAGCAGUAGUUUGACUUACAGUAGUAGCUCACAAAUGUAUAACUGUUUAUUCAACCUUUUGUUGUUCCAAUCCUGUAUCACUUUACAAACCCCAUGUUUGACUUGUGCAGUGUAAUCCAAGCAGUUAUCCCUUUAAAAGUCUCAAUCCAAUUCUAUAAAACAUUUGGCAUCAAACCUGUUGAAAUGCAUCAUAGUUUUGAAAUAUGUUGCACAAAUAUUUUGGACUACAUUGGUGGAUUUUUCUUCUUCUUCUAUUUAGAAGAGCCUAAUGAAUAAUAUUUAAAAUACAACUUUUGUGUUCCACCAAAAAGUCACAAUUUAUUUGAGCAAUCAUAGCAGUAACUGAGAAAAUAAACGUUAAGGUUGUGAAAUCCAUCAAUCAUAUAAUCAAUCAUCAAACCGAGUCCAGGACCUUAAGUUCAAUCGUGUACUUUAUUGGGGUAAUUAUUGGCGUAAACCUUAUUUUGUUUAGCUAAAAAUCUAAUAAAGCGUAUACAGGUUUGGAAUGACAUGACGUCGACAAACAUCUGAAUUUUUAUUGCUGUGUGAACUAUUCCUCUUAUAACUCUAAUUAUGAGGAGAUCAUUGUAGUUAUUGUAUAACAAUUUCUUUUGAUGAUUGUUUCAGUUAAUCAGUGAUUAACUUGUUAUUCAUCAAAAGACUACUCUUACACUUAUUGUUAGCACUAACAGUUUUUUUUCUAGAUAUGUUUUCUUUGUACAGACUUAGUGGUUAUUUCAAUUAAAGUUUUAUGUUUUCCCCUUUAUUCUAACCCACUGCUUGCCUGCAGUUUGUUGUGUGUUGGCACUGUAAAAAUUGAUGGCCGGGAGGUUUAGCAAGAAAUAAAGGUCAAUGCCUUUCACCAGUGGUUCGACUGUGUUUUAAUGCUUGUUUUGUAUUCAUAGAUUCACUGUCCUCUGCACUUCGCAGCAUGGCAUCUUGCUUUAAAAGAGCGCCAUGACAGAGAGAAGAAGGAGAAGAGACUGCAUGCUCUCUUUGGCCGAGUGCUGCAUGAGCACAGAGGAAGUCUGUGUUCUCCUUACACGCUUCACACAGAUGUGUGACUUUCUGUUAACUAUUUUGUUCCACCAGAGAAUAGUAUGUAUGUAUAUAUAUAUAUAUAUAUAUAUAUAUAUAUAUAUAUAUAUAUAUAUAUAUAUAUAUAUAUAUAUGUAUAUGUUAUAAACACUAUAUUUUAGUUAAAAAGAUACCUGAUUAAGAAGGAACAUUUUCUUUAACAUGUUUAAAACUGUGGCAUUACAUAAGUUUAACCUUAAAGUGUUAGUUCAUUCGAAAACAAAAAUAAAAAAUAUUCAUUUCA